AUGAUGAAGGUGGCACAAAAACUACCCAUAUCUUUGAGAGAGAAUGCUGAUCUGACGAGCAGAUUAUACGAAGUGGCGUGGUCAGAGCUUUAUGAACCUAAAGAGUUUGGGGAGAAGUGGUUUGAGGUUAUUAAUGAGUAUGGACUACAAGAUCAUUCGUGGUUCUCAGAUAUGUUUGCCAAAAGGACAUUUUGGAUCCCUGCGUUUUUUCGCGACUUCAGUAUGAGUGGGUUGUUUAAAACAACCUCCAUGUCGGAAAGUGAGAAUAGUUUUUUCCGUAAAUACUUGAAUCCAAACUCCAACUUGGCAUCCUUCUACAUCUAUUAUGAGAGCGCUAUGCAGUCCCAAAGGCAUUCAUACAAACAAUUAUGCAUGAUUGACCAAACAACCACACCGCACUUGAUGUCAAACAACCCCAUUGAGCAACACGCAUCUGAUAUAUACACGAAGAAGAUUUUCUUGGAAGUUCAGGUAGAGAUUAUUGAGGCACUCAAUCGUUGUUGCAUUAAGUCUAUGGACACAGGUCAUGCGGAGCAUAAGUAUUUUGUUGAUCGAUCAAGUGGUGUAUUCUUUGUGGCUCAUAACACCGUAGAUGACACAAUAGUCUGCUCAUGCAAAAAGUUUGUGAAGGUUGGAUUGGUUUGCCGACAUAUGUUCGUUGUAAUGCAUAAUAUUGGGCUGAAGUCUAUCCCACAAAAAUACAUUGUUGGUAGAUGGUUGAAGGAUGCGGGGGCCAGUGUGAUUACAUCUGAUGGUAGAAAAGCUCAGAACAAGCCUUUGGUUUCGGAAGCAUUUAGGUGCAUUGCUAUUGCCGAGGGGAACUAG